AUGGCAGACAAAGACACUGUAGAGAAGUUCCUUGACAACAACCCUCAGUUCGCCAAGGAGUACUACGAGAAGAAAGUCAAAGCAGAUGUGAUCACUGCUGCCUUCGGCAACCAGGUCCAGAUCAAAGAUCCGGCCUCGUACAAGGAAGUCACCACCAUCCAGGAAGCUGAGUUCAUAUUUGAGCUGGUCAAGGAGAUGCAGGGAACCAACCCCAUGGAAAAAGCUCUCCACAAAGUUCUCCAGAGGAUUGCCCUGCUGAUCCAAGCUGAUCGGGUCAGCUACUUCGCACACAGGGCUCGAAACGGUACCCCCGAGCUGUCCACCGUCCUCUUCGAUGUGACCCACAAUUCUCCAUUUGAGAAAAAUUUUGUCAACCCGAAUGUAGAGAUUGUUUUUCCCACUGACAUGGGGAUAGUUGGUUGGACAGCUCACUCCAAGAAGCCUCAGAAUAUUCCUGAUGUUAAGAAGGUGAGCAGAUUAUAGCUCUAAAAUUAGACGUAUACUUAAAAGAAAGUGAAAAAAAAAAACUGUUUGUAAUGUGGGGGCAAAGCUAACAUGCCAAACCAUGUUAUGUUAUUGACAAGAGCAGCAGUAAAUAUAUUUUAAUCUACCAAUACUGUUAUCUCUGUAAAGAUAUGGUGCUCUUCAAUUAAGAUAUUGCAAACUGAUGGAUGAUGCACAGCUGAAAAUGUGCUCAAAAUUCAGGAUUACUAUGAGAAGCAAUGAAUAAAGAAUUCCUAAUACAUCAUAAGAACUUUGAGACUUAAUUUAAAUUAUAUAAAAGCAUGCAAGUCUUUUACACCAAUUUUAUCGUGUAUAAAACUGACACCCUUGUCCCUUUUUUUCCCCCAGGAUUCUCAUUUCUCUGACUUUGUGGAUAAACAGACCAAAUACACUACCAAAUGCUUGAUCGCUGCUCCCAUAAUGUACGGGAAGGAACCCAUCGGCGUCAUCAUGGCGCUCAACAAACAAGGUGCAAAUGAAUUUUCAAAGAUGGACCAGGAGGUGAGUGGAUAAGAUGUUCAUUUUUAACUGGGUAUCUGCGCUAAAUUUAAGUUAAAUUUAAUUGUGCACAGUUUGGAAAAGAAAAACUCUACUCGUAGUAGACAGACAAAUCCCAUGCAAGGAUCACUCCCCCAUCUUGCAAGGGAAAACUGCCAAUUAUAGCUCCCUAGCUUCCUGUCUCUGACCUGUAUAUCUAAAGGCUUGUCUUGGUGCUUUGGGCCACAGUUAUGACAGCUCAACUCAUAAUCCUUUCAUCUUCAAUCCUUUUUCACUCUUGACCUCUUUUUAACUCUUGGAGCACCUCAGUCAAAGAGAUAUCUAUAUUCUACUGUGACUGAAUGAUAUCAAAAGUGUGAAUCUCAUACAGAAAAGCCCAUUAUUCUUUGUUCUUUCUUUACAGCUCUUCAACAAAUAUGUCACCUUUGCAACUACGGUCGCUCUCCAAGCCCACACCGCUAAUAUGUGGGAUAUAGAGUCAAGGAGAAGCCAGGUGGAUACAUUCACUCAUUCUGUGUUUUUCUAUUUCAAUAAACGGUAUGACAAGACAGAAAGGCAACACAAAAUUCACAAGCAUGAUUUUGUUCUUUCUAGGUGCUGCUGUGGUCAGCCAGCAAAGUUUUUGAAGAGUUGACGGACAUUGAGAGGCAGUUUCACAAAGCUUUGUACACAGUGAGGACAUAUAUCAAGUGUGAAAGAUACUCGGUGGGUCUCCUGGACAUGACCAAAGAGAAGGUAGGUUGGAGAGAGAUGGGGGUAAAAAAAUUAAUUUAUCUGCAGCUACAUGCACUUCGGUACUUUUGUCUUUAAACCACAAGGAAAUUCAGCGGUGUAACAUGAUUUUGGUCUUUUUCUCUACAGGAAUUCUUUGAUGAAUGGGCGAUCAAACUAGGAGAUCAGGAACCAUACAAAGGCCCUAAGACACCUGACGGCAGAGUAAAAAAAAAUUGUGUUACUUUAUUCUUUAAACUAUUUUUGCUUGAAAAUUUACUGAAUCGCUUCGAUGUUUGAAUCUUUUAGGAAAUCAGCUUCUACAAGAUCAUUGAUUAUCUGCUGGAAACAGAGAAAGAGGAAAUUAAAGUCAUCCCGUAAGUGUUGUCAUGUAUGGAAACACAAGUCCCUGACCCGUUUAUAAAGCUUUAUUUUCAUAUUUUUAGAGGGUUACUGGUCAUUAAAGACUUGCAGCUGUAAUAGUGAUCUGGAUUUUACUCUUUAACCUACAGCGGCCCUCCUGCUGAUCACUGGGCUCUGGUCAGUGGACUCCCAUCAUAUGUGGCUGAGAAUGGAUUUGUAAGUUUCACCUUCAUUUCAUUUCUUUUAUGCAUGUCUAAAAUAAUUUACUAGUCUCCGAACACUCAUGGAGCUGCAUUAUUUUUGUCUCCUCUAGAUCUGUAACAUGAUGAAUGCUCCAGGAGACGACUACUUCCAGUUCCAGGUGAGACUCUCUUUUUCCCAAGAGGAGCCUUCAAACUGCAGCGAUUGUUAUAAUCAACAAAGGAAAAUUCAUGAGAAUAACGAGUAUCUUAUAUUUGACUCAUUUGACAGAAAGAAGCCGUGGAUGAGACCGGAUGGAUGAUUAAGAACGUCCUUUCACUCCCGAUUGUAAACAAGAAGGAAGAAAUCGUUGGUGUCGCCACUUUCUUCAACAGAAAAGACGGCAAACCGUUCGAUGAGAAUGAUGAACAAAUCACAGAAGUAUGGGAAAUAUACUUAAUAUACUUAAUAUACUAAUAUACUAAUAUACUAAUAUAAAAAUACUGUUAAAAUUUACAAACAAAACACUAAAAAUGGUAUUAUUGGCCUGUACAACCUCUAAGUUUUAUUAUUAUUAUUUUUUAAUUAUUGUUACUGUUAUUGUUAAAGCUCCCGUAAAAUGUUUUUUGAAAUUUUUGAAAUAGUCUGAAAUUGAUAUUGAGGCUAUUUUAUAGUAUUCAGAAACAAUUAAGACCAUCAGGAGCAAGAUUGAAAUUUUUUAUGCUUUAGUUUUUAAUGCCUGAAACAGGUGUGAGGGGGGUGGGUGUCAAAGGAUCAACAUGCAUAUCCUUUUAUUUACCAUAUUUAAUAUAAAAAGAAUUACACAAUUGGCUUUUAAGAGUAAGCAGGGUGAGUUUUUUAAUCAGAAAAACUACUUAUGCAUGUAGGACAAGAUAAGCAAAGAUUGCUCAGUUCAAAAGGAGGUGCUAACAUCACAACGAACCAAAAGCCCCUCACAGGAGCUUUACAGUAAUUAUCAGUGGUCAUAGUUAACUUAAAAGAUAGGCUAUAUGGUAGACGUGGUAAUUAGUCAUGAUAUUAAGUUCAGUACUGUCCAUGUCUCUAGGCUCUGACCCAGUUCCUCGGCUGGUCCACCCUAUGCAGCGACACUUACGAUAAACUGAACAGGACAGAAUGGAGGAAAGACAUCGCCCAGGAAAUGCUCAUGUACCAGACAAGGGCCAGUCUAGCUGAUGUGCAGUCCAUCCUGGUGAGUCACUGUUUUAACUGACUUAUGUCCAUUAAAAAAAAAAAAAAAAGACCUGAAACAGAUCAUUAGAUAAAACUCUAUCAUUUCCCAACAGAACACAGAUGAGAAGCUUGGCUCUGCACCAGAAGACUGCGACCAGAAGGAGAUGUACAAACUGCUGGUAAACACUGCUGUAUGCCCUUCAUAACUCUCACGCACUUGUUUGUAAUUGCAUACUGACUGUUUGCUCUUUGUGCCUAAAUAUGCAGAGGUCCAACAUCCCUGAAGCCAAGACCGUGGAGCUUCACGAGUUCCGUUUCAGUGACUUCCCCUUGUCAGAGUUUGAACUCAUCAAGUGUGGUAUCCGCUGCUUCUUUGAGCUGGGGGUGGUGGAGAAAUUCAAAGUCCCAGCUGAGGUACAGAAUACAUCAGUCAAGACAUCUGUCUGCACAUCACCUUUGAAACACUUCAUUUAACAAUACUAGUACAAACGCAGUGAGCAAAGAGGGAUCAUCACAUGUUUUUUGCAUAUUUGGCAAAGCUGACUGCAACUUUGCACCAAAUCCACCAUUACAAAUAUAAAGCCUCAUUACAGCUCUUCUUUAUUCUUGUCACUUUUUCAUGCAGAUCCUAACACGAUGGAUGUACACCGUCAGGCGGGGAUACCGUGACAUCACCUACCACAACUGGAGACACGGCUUCAAUGUUGGACAAACCAUGUUCACCCUCCUGCUAGUGAGUCUCUCAUAUCCGCCAUGUUCAUCUGACUUCAUCUGACUUCCUGAUCUGCAUGUCAUAACACGGGGUUGUCUGUCCCAUUUCCUCCACAGACGGGUAAACUGAAGAAGUAUUACUCUGAUCUUGAGGCCUUCGCCAUGGUAGCAGCUGGAUUCUGUCACGAUAUCGACCACAGAGGCACCAACAAUCUCUACCAGACUAAGUAUGUGAGCAUUUGGGGUCAUUUUCUGAGGGAUGUGAGAGACAAAAUCAUGUCUAGAAAAUUAGGCUGAUGUGUUCUUGUUCUGUUGGACUCUUUUAGGAGUUUAUCCCCACUGGCAAAACUGCACAGCUCCUCCGUCAUGGAGCGCCACCAUCUUGAGUACAGUAAGACACUGAUGGAGGACGAGGUGGGUCUGUAGUUGUGGUUUGAACUAGAUCCUAUCAGUCUUUCUGUGAAUGUUUUUCAUCAGUUUCGACUGCUGCCUGAUCUCAUUGUUCUGCUAUCAUUCACAGAACCUGAACAUCUUCCAAAACCUUCAGAAACGUCAGUUUGAGACUGUGCAGCAUCUGUUUGAAGUUUGCAUUAUUGCCACUGAUCUUGCCCUUUACUUCAAGUGAGUCAGACGCUUUGUUCUUUCAGAGUAAACAGAGAGUUUUGCUCCCACACUGAAACUUAACAAUGCUUUUGAGUGAUUAUCAGGGAUUUUGACAAAAGAUUUGACCUCUUUCUUGUCUUGCAGAAAAAGAACAAUGUUCCAAAAAAUUGUGGAAAAUAUGGAGGGUAUUCCAGAUGAGAAAGAGAAGGUCAAUUACGUCUCCAACAAUCCGACGAGGAAGGAGAUUAUCAUGUAAAUGCAAAGAAAUACACUUAAAAUACUGUUUAUCAAUCAUCUUAGUUUCCUAAGUGCUCAAAAAUGUUCCUGUUUGUCUCAUAUCCUUUCCAGGGCAAUGAUGAUGACAGCCUGUGAUCUGUCUGCCAUCACAAAGCCAUGGGAAGUUCAGAGCAAGGUAUCUUCCUCAUCUUUAGGACUAUGAUGCAGUUUUAACUCUUACUUGUCGGUUCUCACUGUUCUGUUGGUUUUUUCCAGGUCGCUCUGAUGGUGGCAGCAGAAUUUUGGGAGCAAGGAGACCUUGAGAGGACAGUGCUCGAUCAGCAGCCUAUUGUAAGAUCUAGAAACUGUGUCCCUUAAACUUUGAAGAUGACAAAAGCUUUGAUGACUUACAUGAUCAUCUGCUUCUUUAUCGUCUACUGUAGCCAAUGAUGGACAGAAAUCACGCUGAUGAGCUGCCGAAGAUGCAGUGCGGUUUUAUCGACUUUGUCUGCUCCUUCGUAUACAAGGCAAGCGAAUACUUCUUAUUAAGUUCUUAUUAACUUAUUUUCUAAUUUUGUUCUGUAAUCUCCAAACAUCUGCUAAUCCGGGUGUUUGUAUCUGGUUUUAAGCACGUGCUUGUGUUUUCUGUGUUUGCAGGAGUUCGCCCGCUUCCACACAGAGAUCACCCCCAUGUUCGAAGGGUUGACCAUCAACAGGGGAGAGUGGAGAGCUCUCGCAGACGUCCAUGAGGCCAAGAUUAAGGCUAUUGAAGAUGAGAAGAAGAGGCUGGAAGGUGGAGGUGAUCAAGGUGAGCACACAUCUUUUAAAACCUCUUUGUUUUCACCGUCAGCUGUCUCUGACUUUAACUAACUCUUUUUGUUCCUUUUGCAGCUCAAGAGGGAAAAUCAAAGACGUGUGUUGUCUGUUAAAGCUCACGGACUGUCAACGCAUUUAUGAGAGUUUGCAUGAGUGUGUGUGUGUGUGUGUUUGUGUGGUGUGCAUGAGUGUGGUGAGGAAAAUUCAUAUGUGCAAAAACACUAAAAUAAUUUUUAUAUGCUCUGAUGGAAUAUUUAUCCUGUUACACAAAAAAAAAAAAAACAUUUCAAAUCCACUUGAAUCUUUUAACUAUAGAGAUACCCAUUUGAGAUUAUGCUUGUAUAUAUUUAAAGAAUUUAUUAAAAGAUUAAACGUAUUUUAAGAUAAAUAUUUUUAAUAAAAACAAAUUUAGCUCACUUUGGUUUUGGACUAUAUGUGAAUAGAAAUGUAAGGCUGCAAAUGAGAUGCAGAAUCUAUUUAAUCUGAAUAUGUUUGGGGUAUGAAUUUGAAAAUAAACUCCUACUUUUGUCAAGAAAUGUCCCAAAAAACUACAUUAAUAGUUGUUGUUUUUUUUCUGAUUGCAAAGGAGUUAUUUAAAACAUAUGUCUCUGGCAAAUGAGGGAGCGAUGUAAGAAGAUUUGACUUAAUUGGAUUUGGUUAUAAGCCCUCUGGAGCCCCCAGGCUUUCUUUUUUUAAGUCCUCUGCUUACAUAAAGAAAAAAUACUUCCGCCCCACUCAUAAGUCAGAGUGUGCAAAGUGCAUGUGGCAUUAACAGGCCUGGAAGGUGUCCUGAGGAAACACUGGAAGCAGGUGGAUGUGGUGUAAAGCAGCAUGUGUACUAUGAUUUGAUUUCUUAGAGCUGGAAUGAUAAGGUUGAUUUGUCUGAGCGUAUGAGAUGGGGAGCAGAAGAAUUUCAGAUUUUAUUUUAUUCCUGAUGGAAAUGUUUAAUUUGGACAGAACAGUGUAUCUCUGGGAGUGCUAGCUUUGCAAAGACAUCUGACUUUACCAAACGUGUAGCAUUAAACACGCAUUUAUAUGUGCAAUAGCAUCAUGUAUAAGUUGUGUAAAUGUCAAUAAAGUUUAUUUUCCAAUCAUGUUGGGGCUUUUUGUAUUUAUGCUGCAUUUAAACACACUGUAAAUCCAAAAGUUGGAUCACUCAACCUUAAAAAGAAAGAAAACAGUAUUUUUGUUUGUCAUUUUAGCAGCUGCAACGAUCUAAAAUCAGAGAUUAACAGAGAUUAAUACCAGAUUGUUGAAUAAGGGGAGUUUCCUGAUGACUGCUGGCAGCUUCAAUGAUUCCUAGAAGCCUGACUGUAAUUCCUCGGUGUACACGACGUUAACUGCUACGACCCAGCUGAAGAAGGAUUUAAAAGGGCAGGACUGCCCAAGCAUCACCUUUUAAUUAACCUCUUACAAGCUUAGAGGAAUCCCUGUGAACUGUUACUAAACUGGAACUGAUGUCUGCAAAACAGGAGCAGAUAUAAAUGUAUAAAGUGCAUAUAUACAUGGAAAUCCAUGCCAUACAGGCCCCAGUUGAUAAAUGCAUGAAUAUGUCUGGCCGUAUAAAGCAUGUAAGAAUACAAUUUGACCCUUGACCUUUGACUGUUUAGCCUUAAGUCUAAUCUUAGUGUGGAUGCAUGGCAGAUGUUUUGGUGCAUCACAUGAGAAUAUUCCUGGGAGAUCCCAUACAGUCAAAAGAUCUAAAGGUUUUCCUGCUAUUUUGUAAUAAAACAGUAAGAAAAUUUAAUUACUUUAAAGAUUCAUAAUUUUCCCUUUUAUUAUUCAAAUAUUGGUAAAAAAAAAAAGAGUUUCCAAAUACAUUUACCUGCUUGACUUUAAGCAAAUUUGCUCUUAUUUAGCUUUUGGGGUAAGGAGACUUUUUUGGGAACCUGCAGAAAUAAUACAUAACCUUCACGUUUGAGUAUUGUCUCUAAUGGUCUCAUUAACUAUUCGAUCAAAUUCCUCAUCUAAGAAGCAUUGAGCUUAUUCAUGCGUCACCGCCGACAGCGCUCAUCCUCUUGGUGUGAUCAGCUCAGGCAGGUGACUAACAGGUGGCGUGAGAACUUCAUAGUUCAUACAGCAAGAAGAGAGAAUAUCAGUUUCAAAAGCCUGACUGUCACGUCAGAGGAGGUAAUCCAGCUUUGUGGAGUGACGGCACACCUUUAAGACAGCAUGCAGGUGAAGAGGUCAUCCAGCAAAACACAAAUGUGUUCACUGAUGAGCUGCAUUUACGGGUGGGGGAACUUUUGCCAAUGACAUUAAAAAAUUACCAAAAGUUAUUAUGACUGUCAGGUAGUAGUGGUGUAGAAACAGCUUAAUCGCUCUGCAGUCAGAGCCCUCGACAAAAAUACAGACUUCACUCUUAAUCUAACCAGGAAAAUAUGUAAGAUAAGUGUAGAAAACUAAGAGACUGCUCUAUGUAUUUCCUUGAAGGAGACCUAUGAAACUCAUUUUACCUGUUCUGUCAUUUAAUAAAGAUAUCUGUACAGAACCUAUCAUGAGCGAUGUUGAAGCUUGUGGUUCAGGGCCUAAUAGAGCCCCAGGUUUCAUUAACAACUGAGAUGCAAAUCUAGCUUGUCUGUCACCAGAGGAGUCACCAGAGGAGCGGCGAGCAUAAUCAGCUAGGAUGUGACUGUUUUUCUGAAAAUUAAAAAAUCCCCCCAUGUUUUCUGGUGCCUUCAUCUUCGGGAAGAAAAUUCCUCCAUUACCAUAAGAACAAAGUAGAAAUUUUCAGAGACAAAAUGAAUAAACAACAAGCAGAAAGGAUGAAAGGCAGAGGAGUAGUGAACUGCAGCCUUGGGACUGGCCUGUUUUAGAGCUACUGGGUGGGGAUGUCCCUCAAAACUGACCCAGUCGGACUGCAGAGCGGGACGUCAGGUUUAAGACAAGUUUUGCCAAAAUAUUGUAAGAAGCUGUUUAGGGAACCAGAAAAAACACACUGUGGGAUUUUUAAGCAUCCCUUUUUUUACUUUGCUGAGGUUUAGCAUUGAAAUCCAAUACUGUAACAUUAUAUCUACAGUAUUCUGUUUAAACAUGGAUUGGCAUAAUAGGUCUCAUAGGACAUACUUAGUUUAGUCAUACUCGACAUCGUUUUUUGUGCAGGGAAAAACAUGGAAAAAUGAGAAUUUCCUAAAUCUUACAUGGUUAGUUGAGGAUCUGACUGUCAGUGUGGUGCCUAACCGUGCACAUAUGAUUUCAGCUUUUGCUGUAAUUAUUAGAUAUUAAUCAAACCGGGUCAACAGCGACUCUAACACAACAAGUGCCAUAAUUUUAAGAAGAGCAUUUUAAAAUUUAGUCAAUUUAAUUUUUUAUUUUUAUGUUGAUAGAGUUUCCUGACAAAGUAAAAGAGUCUUGAUGCAAAAAAGCUAAUUUAAGUGGUUCUUUUAAGCAUUCAAUAACAAAAACAGGUCGGUGCAGACCCUAACACAGGAGGAGGGUUAACACAAACCUAGCUUAUCAGCUGGGUGCUUAGAAAUGAACCACCACUGACAGGGAUACACCUUGGACCUACAUUUCCCUCUAGUGGGGAGGUCUGGCUAUAAGUUUCUUCACCUACACAUGAAAGCUUGCUUUGAAAACUGUCUCUUUAAAAGCCAUAGGCACAGCAGUGAAAGCAGGGGUGUCCAUGUAAGUUGAAUAUGGGUUAUCAGUGUCUGAAAUCAGAUAACAAACACCCUAAAGCCCUUUAAUUGAAUUCAGAGAGAGCAGGCUGAGGCGUUUUAGUCGCUGUGGUCAUGGCUGUGGUCAAAUAGUUACUGGACAGAGUGUGUUCUAUUCUGCUAAUGAAAGACGGCAUUUAUGAAGCACAAGAACGACCCAUCAUCUCACAGCACAACAAUAAUAUCCAGUGUUCUCCAUUUAGUCCAAAAGCUGCUCAUGACAACUGACAUUUGUUGCUUCCCGUCCGCUCCUGAUUUUCCAUAUUGCACAAUUCUGUUCUAUUUCUAUUUCUCCUUUUAGAGCAACAUCCUCUUCACUCAUAGUAGCUUUCAUUUUCAUCCUCUCCUUCAGUAAGACAUCAGGAAGCGGCCUCUGGAGCACGACCCAGCUUCUCGAAAUGCCAUGCUUUAUUUUUACAGGCAAAUUUUAUUACCGAGGGAAACAGAAAUCAAAUGUGUGUAAUCACAUCAGGGACGCAGAGGGGCUGGAGGUCUUGAGCAGUGUUCAUUUAUUGAGACCUUUUAAAAAGACAGCUGCACAUGUUUCUUCCCAGAAGUGUCUGACGCAUGCAGGCUGAGAAAUCAUAUAAAUCUUAUUACUCUGGAGUGAUCUAAGAAAUUAGAUGGAGAGGAAGACUGUCUUAUAGCGCUGUCCUGUCAUGUUUGGUACAGCAGAAGAGAGAAAUGCAAUUAAACUGUUAGGGUUGUAUUUCAUAGCAAUAAAACUAGAACAGAGGGGACAUUUUUGGCCUUUUUUAUGGAGGAAUAAACAUGGUGUGAUGCAGAAAAGGUUGCAGAAAAACAGCACAGGAGUUAAGUCCUGUCCUUUGUUUGUAAAUGGGUAUCUGAUGGGGGAUGGGGGUGAUUUGACUGUGAGGCAGAGCAGAUGUCAGGAUGAUAGGAGGGCUUCCCCACACCCCUCCAGCAGGGCUGCUACAUUUUGCAUCCACCAGUCGCCAUGGAAACCGAGCGCAAAGUAGGAAAUAAACCCCCCCUCCUGAAAAAGAUGUUUGAGAAAUAUCAUGCAAGCGAAGGCAUCUAAGGACAAAAUAUCAUGUAGGAAUGCUUGAGUGACACGACAGCAACGUUUUCAAAGCGAUAAUUAAUUUCUCAGGGUUUCCCCACCCGCUUCCCGCAUAGGCAGCCCCUGUGCGUCUGCGCCACACGCUGCAAUCCGCUGGCUCAUGUCAGGGCUUCAUUUUUCUCCAGCUGAUUCACGAGAAGAAGAAGAAGAAAAAAAAGAAAACUACACCAUUCCUCUGCCUAUUGGGUGGAUUCCUCCUCCGGGAGCUUGCCUGACACGGCGAGUGUGGCGUUUGCAGAAAUCAUAGGCGUGGUUUUGGAUGAAGAUGCUCCUUCUGCUCCCGCUGGGAUCCCCACCUGCCGUCACACAGCGUUUGUCACCGCGCCAGCUGGUGUUUUCCUGAGCUACCGGGGCGCGAAUUUGAUUAAAUCUUGUUUUUCUCACGGGGUAUUGUGAUUUUUCGUCUGAAGGUGCGGCGUAAUUGCAGCGCCGUGGACUCGCGUUGCGCCCGGUUUAAUCACCUCCAGAGCGGUAGCGGCGGCGGUGGUGGUGGCGCACGAACGGCACCGAGCGGAGAUAAACAAGAAAGAGCGGACUGCGCGUCGCUUGGCCUCCAGGCAGCAGCAGCAGAAGAAGAAGAAGAAGAAGCAGCAGGUUUAGUGGGAAAGGAACCAGAGAAUAGACCCUGGUUCAUGUGCAGGGCUGUUCGACGCGCACGUCGUGCCCGCAGCGGUUCGCAAAGAUGGAAAAUACAAGAUUGCCGUGGCUCUUCUUCCUCGGAGUGGCGUCUGUUUUACUUGUAGUGGACAGCAGGAGAGCCCGGCAGCCCCGCUGUCCCCCAUCAUGUACAUGUACCAAAGAUAACGCGCUGUGCGAAAGCGCAGGGCUGAUCCCUCGCAGUUUUCCCCCCGAUGUCAUCUCUCUGUAAGUCCGAUUCUUAUCAUCUUAACCAGUGCUUCCUAUGACAACUAUUUACGCAACAAACCUGUCUAUUCCUGCCGGUUUCUUCUGCACAGUCAUGUCAGCUAACAGAGUGGAGAAACUGUGUGCAUGUCAAUGUUGUAAAAGCUAACCAGUGUGACUGUGUCUCCUGCAGAUCUUUCGUCAAGUCUGAAUUCACUGAAAUCCCGAAGGAGAGCUUCAUCCACACGCCUGCUCUUCAUCUCCUGUGAGGAAAUCUCUGUGGAGCUUUUUGUUCUUCAGUCUUUGUUAGAUGUUGUCAGUGAUCAACGCCAUGUUUAAUGUUGAAGACACCUCCACUGACACAGCACAGGAUCAAAAAGUGCAUGUAGAUUGAAACAGAGAGCUUUAACCAUCACAUUUUGGUUGGUAAAUCACUUGUCUUACAUGAACAUGGUUGAGCGUUUUCUUUGCCGGGCAUCCAUCCAAAGCUUGCUCUAUAUUUUAUCAGUCUGUGUUGGUUUCAGGAUCAGCUUUGUUUGUAGGGAAUCCCUCCUUUUGAAGAGGGAAUCCCCUCUAAUCUGUCUCAUGGGGUAGAGUAUUGACUGAAUCACCCUGGCCUUAGAACAAACAAGCACAGAUCCUAAAAGAGCAUCGAUCGUUGUCUUUGAUGCAUCAAGGUUACUGUUCAGGAACAAAAAGGAGGGGGAGAGUCUACCACAUGUCCUUUUUUCCAAAGUUUGCAGAUGGUAAAGUAGGACAACAGCUUGUUUUGAGCAGAAAAAAGUGAAAUGUUUUAAUCUCUCUGCACAGCCUUUUUACAGCAAACAACCUGGAGUCUAUAAACGAGGAUGCUUUCCUUGGUCUUCCUCAUUUGGAGUACCUGUGAGUGGAAAACAAAUCUAUUCUGAAGGGUUUUGUUUCCAGAGUGGAUUAUCUCAUCUCAUGCAUUUAAUUACUCUCCUCUUUUUCCAGGUUCAUUGAAAACAACCAAAUCACAUCCAUUUCACCGAACGCUUUCAGGGGACUGAAAACUCUGGUGCAUCUGUAAGUAACGCGGCGUAUUUUUAACCUAAAAUCUCCCUUUUCACCAUGAGUCUCCUUGCAGAACAAGAACUUACAGAAGCUUUCGGAAGUGUUAUAUUCCCUCUCCUGCAGAAAGUCUCUGUUCAGCACUUUAAAAUGCUGACAAAGUCCAUUACACAGGACUUCUUGCAACUUGCAAGACAUUUCUCAACAUUCGGCACAGCUGUUAUUACAGUUGUGAAGAACACCCUGUCACUUUCGCUUUUUAAUUAAACAAAGCUGCAAACCCAGAGUUUCAAAUUAAGAACACCGCUCUCUAGCUAUCCCAGUGUCUUCAUUUUAGCUCUCAAAAUUCGCAAGAAGUUGAACAAGAGAACAAAACUUCCCACUAAAUCGUCUUUUUCCAGGUUUGUCUUCAGGCAGAAAGCCAUAAAAUGACUGAGGAGCUCUCAAAAUAGUUUAAUGUUUCCUCAAUCUCACGAUAAGCAAUGUUCCCAAACAUGGCAAUACGCACCCAAUCUCUUUAACAGAUAUCUUUGUCUCCAACUGCGAGAAAAACACUAAAAACACAGGCGCAGAACACAUGGAGGUUUUAUGGCGAACACAGAAAUUGCCAGAAAAAAUGUCUAAUUGGCAGCGAAUUGCAAAAUUAGAGAGAAAUUGAGGCAGUUUCCUCGUAAUGAAGCCAAAAGAAGAACGAUAAGUCUUCACACAUUUGUUGUUGUUUUUUUUUAGGAGUCUGGCCUACAACAAUCUGGAGACUCUGCCCAAAGAUUUGUUCAAGGGUCUCGAGGCCUUGACUAAAGUGUGAGUAUGAAUUUCAACCCUGUGAUAUCUUUAAACCAAAUGAUAAAUUGUACAGUGUUGCAUAACUUAAAACAUAAUGCUUGCUAUUAUGAAAGAUGAGUUCUUCUAUAAAUGGAACAAUGUGUCAUUAUUCUCCUGCAGCCAAAGCUUGAAAAAUGUGUGGGUGGUGCUUUUAGCGCCAUUAAAAUUACAUGCGGCAGCGAAGCAGAGACGGCUCACAAUCCAUCACACUCUGAAGAUCAUCAGCUCUCUUUUAUUCUCCCCCCUGAUUUUAUUAAGAGCUCAAAGAAAAGCCAUGAGGGCUGCAAAGCAAAGCCAACAGUCACACUACAGCGACUGCAGCUUUGAAUAUUAAAUCAACCCCGAGAGCGGAGAGCAUUCGUGAUUGCUUUGUGGAGGUUCAGAAGUUAACUUGUGUGUAUUCUCCCUGUAGAGACCUGAGAGGGAACCAGUUCACCUGUGACUGUAAACUGAAAUGGCUGGUGGAGUGGAUAUACAGCACCAACGCGACAGUGGAUCAGAUUUACUGCAAAGGCCCUCCCUCACAGCUGGACAAAAAGAUCAACGACCUGGGGCCGCAAUCCUUCGACUGCAUCACCACAGGUAGAGGACACCAACUUUUGGCGUUUUGAACAGUAACUUUGGGUUAAAACCGUCUCAAAUGCUUCCCAUCAGUCAUGACCAGCAAGACUACUGUAGCCCCUUUCACACAGGCACCUCAUGGUAGGGAAAGGUCCCGCCCUCCUUCGCCUCUGAUUGGCUUGAAGUGCUGGGCUCCGAAGGGUUAUUCCUAAUGGCUGUGAAACGUCAUCGUCUGUCAGGUUAGGGUUAGGGUGAGGGUUAAGGUCCUUACACACCAGGGCUGACGCGAAUGUACAACACAAAAUUACAAAAUAUUCGGAGGAGAAUAAUUUGCCGCGCCUGACCACAUCAAGCCCGAUGUGAUUGUGACUUUCCAGGACGGGAAAACGUCGCUGAUGUGAACGCUCCUUCAUUGACAGGAUACAGGUUCGAAAAAAAACAAUAUCAGCCACUUUUAUUAAACGGUCUACCAGUGUGAAAGGACCUAUAGUGUGAGGAGUAGGAUGAGGGUUAGAGUUAGGAGAUUCAGAAGUAGAGCCGACAGCCUGCGUUUGUACAAGACAGGCUUCAAUAAGAGACAGGCCUUUAUUUAUUUUCAAAUGAAGUCUUCCAAAGUCAAAGUGAAACAAACUUUUUAUAAAACUUGAAAAUAAAGUCCUAUUGUUGAUUUUAUUGUGAAUUAAGAGCCUUGCAUCUUUCUGGGCAACAGCUGUGAAAUCUAUUAAGCAGGCCAGCACUCAGUGUGAGAUCAUUCCUGUCUCUCUGGUUACUCACCGUGGCGUACAUUUCUUCUGCCUCUCACAUGACACCCUGAGAUGCUGUGCCCCCACGCUGUGUAUCCAGAGUUCCAGCUCUUUAUUAGCAUUCUUCCUCCCACCUCCAGGUAGCCUGACUUUUUUAUUGUCAUGCUGGGAAAGAAAACAAAAAUCAGAUCUUUAAUAUUUUUUUCAUCAGCUUUUAAUUUUUUCUUUUUGGAUCAAAUGGACUGUAUCUCUGCUUCUCAAACUUAACUGACAGCUUGAAUUUUAGAUCAAACUUUUCUCUUUGUGCCACAAUGUCAUCAGCAAAUGUGCCAUGUGGCGAUUAAGUGAAAACACACACACACACUCUCUGUCUCUCUGUGUCACACACACACAAAGAAAUUUCACAACACUGGGAAAGAGAUAAACAUGACGUAGAUCUGGCCUCUAUUAGAGGUUGCCAUGUGUUUGUCAGAACAUGCAGCAGCGCUCUGGUUGUUUAAGAGUCUUGGCAUUUGAAUGAGGCUGGAGUUUAAUGAAAGUUUUAUGGUGAAUCAAAGUUGUGAGAGUGCAUCAAACACUGACAGACUCCCACCAUGUUGAACUUGUUUAAGGCAACUCCAAGAAAAUGUCAGGACCUUAACGACAAAGGCUCAUUUCUUUUCAUUUACAAGUGUUGGAGAUGUGUUUGCUCUCUGUAGAGGCAAUACAACAAUGUCAAUUCACUAUGCAGUACUGAAAGCAUAGAGAGCGUUUCUUAAUGUUACAAGUACCUUAAAUGAACUCAAAACCUGCUGUAAAAUUAAGGGUUUGGAUGACUCAGCCACCAGUCACUUAGCCAGACAAGUUUGUUAGCAUUGAUGCUAAGGUAAAGCUUUGCUAGCUGAAAGGCUAAUAAGUUUGACAACAUGGAAACUUUGGCUAAUGGCUUCAAGUGAAACAGAAACAUUAGCUAAAAGUAACUUACCACUGACUGCACACGUGGACAACAAAUCAAACAAAGCAACCUUAUCAAGGAAUGACAGAAACCUGCAGGUACAAAUGGCUCAGGUGGGCCGGGAUUAGGUGCCCAUAUUUAUGCCUGACCACAAAGAUGCAGUUAGGGGGGUUGUGCUGUGCCUUAAAAUUUUUAGUCUGACCUCUUGAUUUUCUCUUGCAGAGUUUGCUUCAUAUCAAUCUCUGAAGUUUGAAUCCAUAUCCGUGGAGGCAUUUUCUUUCGGGAGUGACCAGUAUGUGGUGUUUGCUCAGCCCUUCAUUGGGAAAUGCAGUUUUCUGGAGUGGGAUCAUGUGGAGAUGGUCUUCAGAAACUUUGAUGAUAUUGACAGUGAGUGAAAAUCUUUUACAUUAGCUAUUUUGGGAACGGAGAUGUGAUGGUACAGUUUGUUGCCUCCUCAUUAUAUUGAUUUUGUGAGGAUAAUAAAGUACCAGAAACAAGAAAAACUUUGUAGGGCCAAUCACUUAAAGGUGGGGUAGGCAGGAUCUGAGGAAGUGCCAGGUUUGGGAGAAAUCUUGAAUGUAAACACUAACCCUCCAAACCAGUUUUCCCCUCAGCUCCUCGUCUCUGCUCCAGCAAGCCACGCCCACAAACAGACACUCCUGCUCACUCAUAUCAUUUCAGUUAAAUUUAGAUGUAUUGCAGAUAAAUACUUUAGAUAAUUACAAAUGGGGCCCAGUCAACGUUAAAGUAAAAAGCAUUGGUGCAACUGUAGAGGCCAACAGACAAUCAGCAAACACAAUGUUUGCAGGACUUUUAAAACUAGGAUAAAGUGACAUAGUCCAGGACCCGAGCUUGACAGUUUAGCGGCGCUACGACACACUGCAGGUCCCAUUUGACAAGAAACACUUCUGUUACAGACACUUGGCUUACUUUGUUAAAGCGGUUUACCUGUCCAGCAGAAAGGUUUCAGGGUCCGUAAGAUCCCAAGGCAUCCCCCAUCGUUUAUGCUGAUGUUGACCUGGCGUCUCAUCUCUUGUCCGGCCUACCUCUAUUUCAAGCACCAAUUAUUCCGCCAGAGUCUCCAGUAUUUACUUUGUUUUACUGCUUGAGUUUUCCGUACUUUCUGGUUGGUUUCUACUGUCCGAUGCUGUGGCACGCUAACUUUGUUUGGACUCGUAAAUGACACGGAGGAGCAGUGUCUACCUCACAACCAAUCAGGUUGGGGAGAUGGAGAACGGCUUUGUUUACAGUCAGAAAGAGCGGGCCGCUCAAAAAUUUUAAAAUGUUGACUACACAGACAUAACAAAACACAGUGAUAUUGUCAUAUUACCAAAUGUCAUCAAUGACUAAUAGCUAUUGACUGAUAGUAAAAUCUUUUUUGUAUAUACACCACAAAAAAGAUGCUUCUUUAAUGGAAUCCUGCCUACCCCACCUUUAAUCGGAUCUCUGAUAAGGUUUUGGUAUCUAUUUGGAACAAAGGGGGCUAGACUGGAAGCUAAAGGGAGGAAGGACAAAGGAGAGCUUUGCAUGUUCAUCUCUUCUUUCUCUUGACCAGGUACAUCCACUGUGAUCUGCAAACCCUUAGUCAUAGACAACCAGCUCUUCAUCAUUGUUGCUCAGCUGUUUGGUGGUUCGCACAUCUACAAGCGCGACACCUCUGCCAACAAGUUCAUCAAGCUCCAAGGCAUCGACAUCCUCAAAAUCCGCAAACCGAACGACGUGGAGACAUUCCGUAUCGAUGGAGAGUCUUUCUUUGUCAUAGCAGACAGCUCCAAGGCCGGAUCCACCACCAUCUACAAGUGGAACGGCAACGGCUUCUACUCUCACCAGUCGCUCCACCCUUGGUACAGAGAUACAGAUGUGGAGUACAUGGAAAUCUCCUCCAAACCUCACCUCAUCCUGUCCAGCAGCUCCCAGAGGCCAGUCAUCUAUCAGUGGAACAAAAGCAACAAGGAGUUUGAAAGACGCACUGACAUCCCAGAAAUGGAGGAUGUCUACUCUGUAAAGCACUUCCAGGUCAAAUCUGACCUCUUCAUCUGUCUGACGCGCUUCAUCGGCGACUCCAAAGUGAUGCGCUGGGAUGGGGCGCUCUUCAGGGAGCUGCAGACCAUGCCAUCAAGAGGCUCCAUGGUGUUCCAGCCCUUCUCUGUGGGCAGCUGGCAGUACGCCAUCCUGGGCAGUGAUUACUCUUUCACACAGGUGUACCGCUGGGAUGCAGAGAAGGGCGAGUUCGUCCGCUUCCAAGAGUUGAACAUCCAGGCACCGAGGGCCUUCUCUCCGGUCUCCAUAGACAACCGACAGUUCCUGUUAGCCUCGAGCUUCAAAGGGAAAACUCAGAUUUAUGAACAUCUGGUCAUCGAUUUGAGUAAUUGA